AUGGACAAAACGGCGCAAAAAGUGAACAAACGACUGGCUGGCCUUUGUGCGGACCACGAUACCAAGAUGGGCAAUGACUCUGACGGCCCCUGCUCAAGGAGCUUUCCGAGCGCAACUUGGCAAUCCUCUCCAGACGAAAAAUACAAGAAAUACAAGGCACAAGGCAUACGCGAAAAUGUAUGGACGGAUCGCCGGUGGCCAGUGAUCUCAUUGAGUGUUUCUGUGUUUGACCAAGUGGUCCUGGCUGGGGAGAAAGAGGGGCUCUGA